AUGAUGCUGGACUGCACUUCUCUUUACAGCCAGUCACUCUUCCACAACAUCUACGAGUUCAACAUCUACAGCCUCUUUACAGCCGGUCACUUCCACAACAUCUACCAGUUCAACUUCUACAGUUUCUUUACAGCCGGUCACUUCCACAACAUCUACCAGUUCAACUUCUACAGUCUCUUUACAGCCAGUCACUUCCACAACAUCUACGAGUUCAACAUCUACAGCCUCUUUACAGCCGGUCACUUCCACAACAUCUACCAGUUCAACUUCUACAGCCUCUUUACAGCCGGUCACUUCCACAUCAUCUACACGUUCUACUCCUACAGUUCCUCUACAGCCAGUCACUUCUACAAAAUCUACCAGUCCCGCUACUACGGUCUCUUUACAGCUGAUCUCUUCCACAACAUCUACCAUUUCUACUACUACAGUCUCUUUACAGCCGGUCACUUCCACAUCUACACUUUCAACAUCUACAGUCAUUUACUUCUACAGGAUGUGACAAAAAUUUUGGAUGUGGUCCUCAACGCUACAGAGGAGGUUGUAACCUCAUCGUCAGCUGACCCAAAAAAACUUGUGUCACAUGGAAACCGUCUGUUAAAAGCCAGCGAGAAACUCGUGUCCAUGGUGGUGAAACAGACAAACACAAGUGAAUAUGUAAAUUUUACUCUUGACACUGUGGAGGGACAAGUCUUCAUGGUUGGACCACAGGUCACCUUAGAUAAAAUCCCUCGACUCGACACGACAAAUUCUUCUGUGGAUAUUGAUCUCAUUGGGAUCGCCAAGAACAACAAUGAAACAAGAUCAGCUGCUGUGGCUUUCAUGAGCUACAACACAAUGGAGAAUCUACUGAAGCCAGACUUCUUCAACACAUCCAAUGACACGAUUAAAACCAUGAUGUCCACUGUGAUCUCAGCUACUCUUCCCAAAACCACCAACACUAAACUAACCAAACCAGUCAACUUCACCCUCAAACACAUCAGAGAGUUUGAUCCCAGCGGUUCUCUGGUCUGUGUGUACUGGAAUAUCAGCGAGUGGAUUGUAGAUGGUUGUUCUGUUUUAAAGACCAACAGCAGCUACACUGUGUGUUCCUGUGAUCAUCUGUCCACAUUCGCUCUCAUCAUGCAAACCAGCCGCCCACCAAAGAGCGACUCACUGAUGGAUCUGUUGAAUUUGGUGUGUGUGAUCGUGGGGCUGGUGUUCUUCAGUUUGGCCCUGUUGACCUUUGCCCUUUGUCAGUGGAGUCCUGGAGUGAAUAAUGUGGCACGAAUCAACAUCUGCAUCAGUCUUCUGUUGGCUCACCUUCUGUUUCUGCUCACACAGCGGUUCCUGAGCCUCAUACAGCCUCUGCAGGUGUUGUGUGCCGUGAUCUCAGGCCUUCUGCACUUCCUCUUUCUCUCCGGCUUUGUGUGGAUGUUCAUUGAAGCUGUGCUGCUCUUCAUCUGUGUGAAGAACCUAUCACAGAUCAGCUCCAAAAAGAGGGAGGUGCUUAGCAGUGGAUUCCUGUGUGUGAUUGGAUAUCUGGUUGCUCUGAUUGUGGUGUGUGUGUCUGUCGGUCUGGUUCCUGAAGGCUACGGCAGUGAACAGUGA